AGGAAAUUAAUCUUUCUACAUGGUAUCGGAGCCUAAAUUACCAAAACCCUAAUUCUCUCCCCUCUUCUCUCCCUCUCUCAGCCCGAGCCGCCGCCCCACCUGCGGUAGCCCCUCCUACCGCCGUCACUUCCUCUCGCCGGCAGCCAUCUCUCCCCUCUCUCACAAUCAUGGCCAAAGCCAGUGAAGUCACCUCUCAAAAUACCUCCCCCAAACCUCCUCAUCUUGCUUUCGCAACAGUCUCUAAUGUGAAACUCCAUGUCCCCGUUCAACUCAGUCUCUCUCAGCCCAAUUACAAAAAGUGGAGCCGACUUUUUCUCCUUCUUGUUCGGCGUUUUAACCUCCAGGGCUACCUCGAUGGCUCCGUCGUCCCCAUCUCCGAUGACGACGACACAUGGUUCCAACUCGACGCUCUCCUCCAGGGUUGGAUUCUCUCUAACAUCACCGAUGAGGUCUCAGAUCGGGUAAUCUCCUCUGUUUCUACUGCCUCUGCUCUCUGGAAAGUCGUCCAUGACUUGUUCCACGACAACAAAAAUGCCAGGGCCAUGCAGCUAGAGCAUGAAUUUCGCACGACCAUCAAAGGCAACUCCACCAUGGCGGUUUAUUGCCAACAAUUGCAUAAUCUUGCGGACUGGCUGGACGAUGUCGAUGCACCAGUCUCCCAGCACCAACUUGUUCUCCAAAUGCUUCGUGGUCUUCGUGCAGAUUUUCAGGCACAAACAUCUUUCAUGCAAUUUCAGGAUCCCAUGCCCACGUUUCUGCAGGUCCGUUCUGCCCUCAUGCUUCUGGAUCGACAACGGACGAGUCCCACUGACUCGGGCACCACGGCUCUUCUCACGAACCGUGCUGGCGGCGGCUACCACGGCGGUACUAUCGGCGGCUAUGGCGGACAACAUGGCGGCACGGGCUAUGGUGACGGCAAUCCCGGUCAAUGUGGAGGCUACGGACGAGGCCAUGGCCGUGGCGGCGGAAAUCAGGGGCGAGACGAUGAUCAUAAUAAUAGUAGACCACGGUUCUUUUGACACCCAGAUCGGGUGUUACAAUAUAAUAUUGUGGCCCUACGAUGCUCCGUAGGACUCGGGACAUGAUCCUACCCCUAACACACCCUACAAACCCACCCCUGCUUCCAUCCCAGCCCCCAUUACAACAAAUAAGUUAGGGUUUGGGGG